AUGGCAACAAUGAAGGGAGCAGUUUCCAAAUCGUUUAUGAAAACACCGAAAGAUGCUUUUUUAGCAUACCAGCGUGAUUCAAAAGAAAUACUUGAAGUACUGCAAGGUACAAAAGAUGUUUAUGAACAAAUUCAACAAAUACUUUCCAGCAGUUCUCAGAUGAACCUCAUUAAAAGUGAAGUCACACUUUUGGACGACGAGGAUCAGCAGAGGAUAGAAACCGUCAGUCAAACUCCACAACUUGUUGUUGUUGGACAGACCAAUUCUGGAAAGAGUUCGCUUAUUAACGAGCUAUUAGGUGGCACAGUGGUCGCUAUGAGUCAGGUUCCAUGUACGGCUCGAGUGGUUAAAAUUAAGUAUGGCGAAUCAAACAAAGUAAGAAUAAGGUCAAAAGAUGGAAAAAUCUUAGAAGAAAGAGCUAUGAAGUCUAAGGUAAUACCAAACGAUAUCAUGGAGCUCAAAGAAGAAAAACGCCGAGACCCCGAGAUUAUCAAUAGUUGGGUUGAAGCAGAAAUAAAUAAUGACUUUCUUAAAAGUGGUAUCGAAAUAAUCGAUUCUCCUGGGCUACAGGAAAGUGAAAUUCUCAAUGAGAUUGUUUUUGAAGCAGUCGACAACCAGAAGUCUUUCCUUAUGUAUGUCGUGGAUGGCCGGAAUCAAUUUACGGACCAGGACUUGCUUGAUAUAACAAGACUAUAUCACACUACUACCGGCAUUCGACGAAACAUGUUGUUUGUAGUAACAAAAGUCGACGGGGACACGAAGACAGAUGGAGAUAACAGAGACAAAGUUCAAGAGCGGAAACGUCGGGUUUACGACAGACUGGUCGAUGAGGGAUUUUUAACUAAUGGACCAAUGGAAAAAUGCGAUAUUUUUCAUGGCAUUUCAUGCUGGAGAGUGAAAUCAUACCGGAGAGGUAAAUGCAAAAAUCGGGACACAUUUGUUGACGACUUCCAUCACUUUCAGAAAUGUGUUUAUGAAUUUGUUGAAAAUUCACUCAAUGCGGAGAUAAAGAACUCCUGUAACAUAUUAAUUGCUUCGCAUUGUCGCUGCAUUGACUACUUUAUCAUGAAAGCCACAGAGGUGAAAGAUCCUGAACACAGAGAGAAUAUCCUAAAAGAGUGCAAAGCAAUUGAAGAUGAUGUAUUCCAGAAGGCAAUGUCAAAACUAAAAGCUAGAAAGAAGUUUCUACAACGUGAGAUAAGAAACGUCAUCGAAACAGAGACAGGAAAUAUUGUAGCAUGCAUUAGAGAAUACACGUUGCUUGACACAGAUGUAGAGAAGAAUAUGCAAACUCGCCAUACAAGUGAUGCUCAACUCUACAGUAAGAAAAUAAAGCAACUAGUGACUGAAAAGGUUAGCAUUGCUCUACGUAAAAGGAUAGCUGACAGCUUUAAGGAAGAAGAUGACUCUAUAAUUCAGUUAUCAAAAGUCGUCAAAGAUUUAGAAAAUCAGAAACAAGAUUCCGAAGUUGCUGCUAUUAUCAAACAAUGUACUAUGGGUUCGUAUCGCGUAGAGACAGCAUUCUCAAUAUGCCGAAAUCCAUUACUCUCCAGACUGAAGAUAUGGCUAACAAAAUCAUCUACCUGUGAUGACAUCAAAGACGAUGUAAUCACUGCUGAUUGGAAAGAAGCAAGAGUAUUGAAGACCCUCAGUAUGAUAGAUGCCAAAUUUGUCGCCAAAGAAUUAAUAAGCGAAAGUAAAGCGCACCUCCAAAAAAGCAAAAAACAAUUCCAUAAAGCUAUAGACCAAUUGCGUAACCUAAUGAAGAUGGAUACAACAAUUACAAAUAAUGAAAGAAUGAACAUCAGAGAACUUGCUCCGUCCGUGGCGGACCUUGAGCUUAGAUUACUGUCUAUCAUAUCCAUGCAAGAAUUCGGUGUACCAGAACUUGCAGACGAGAUUGGACAUGGUAGCCAAGGUACUGUGUUUGACUGUGGUAAAAUGGGACCAUAUGGUGUAACAUGCGUGACAAAACGCGUCAAACCGAACCAUAGAGAGACUGUGGCAAUGGAAGUACAUUACACAAGAUGCGUACAUCAACAUCAACGUAUAUUGCCUCUGUUAGCCACCAUAAUAGAAGGUGAAGAAGUAUAUUUAGUGACUCCAAAGAUGAAAUGUAGCCUUAACAUUGCAUUGCCAAAUUAUCCCUACCUGAAAGACAGAUUGCAAUUCGCUCUACAAAUAUCAGAAGGCCUCGAAUUCUUGCACAGGAGAGGUAUCGUGCAUAGGGACAUAAAGGCAGCAAAUAUUCUGCUCGACGAAAAUGAUAAAGUGAAAGUAGCAGACCUUGGAUGCUGUAAAGCCGAAGGUUUUAUAAACGAUACUGUCAUAGGCACGCCUUUGGCUAUGGCCCCAGAAGUAGGAUUGCGCACUGUGUAUGAUAAAAUGGUAGACGUAUAUGCAUUCGGUAUUUUACUGUGGUUUAUUUGUAAUGGUACCGACACAUUACCAGAAGCGUAUAGACCAUACCAGUCAACACUACCUCCUAUUAGUGUUCGACCAGACAGAUUAGACAAGUUUGACAAGCACUGUUGGGAACUGAUGGAUAAGUGUUGGCGGAAAGAUGCUGCAACCCGUCCUAGCUUCUUGGAGAUCACGAAGGAACUGAAAUCAAUCCUAAAUAAUGUGGACAGUGAAGCAAAUUAA